AUGGGUAUCAGUAAGGUACAGAAUCUAGAAGUGGAUGUCAGUAAGAUACAGAAUCUAGAGGUGGCUGUCAGUAAGAUACAGAAUCUAGAAGUGGAUGACAGUAAGGUACAGAAUCUAGAGGUAGAAGUCAGUAAGGUACACAAUCUAGAGGUGGAUGUCAGUAAGGUACACAAUCUAGAGGUGGAUGUCAGUAAAGUACAGAAUCUAGAGGUGGAUGUCAGUAAGGUACAGAAUCUAGAGGUGGAUGUCAAUAAGAUACGGAAUCUAGAAGUGGAUGUCAGUAAGGUACAUAAUCUAGAGGCGGAUGUCAGUAAGAUACAGAAUCUAGAGGUGGCUGUCAGUAAGAUACCGAAUCUAGAGGUGGAUAUCAGUAAGGUACAGAAUAUAGAGGUGGAUGUCAGUAAGGUACAGAAUCUAGAGGUGGGUGUCAGUAAGGUACAAAAUCUAGAGGUGGAAGUCAGUAAGGUACAAAAUCUAGAGAUCGAUGUCAGUAAGGUACAGAACCUAGUGAUAGAUGUCAGUACGGAACAGAAUAUUGAAGUGAAUAUCAGUAAAGUACAGAACUUAGUGGUAACUGUCAGUAAGGUACAGAACCUGGUGAUGGCUGUCAGUAAAGUACAGAACUUAGUGGUGGCUGUUAAUAAGGUACAGAACCUAGUGGUGGCUGACAGUAAGGUACAGAACCUAGUGGUGGAUGUCAGUAAAAUACAGAACCUAGUGGUGGAUGUUAGUAAGGUACAGAACCUAGUGGUGGAUGUUAGUAAGGUACAGAACCUAGUGGUGGCUGACAGUAAGGUACAGAACCUAGUGGUGGCUGACAGUAAGGUACAGAACCUAGUGAUGGCUGACAGUAAGGUACAGAACCUAGUGGUGGCUGACAGUAAGGUACAGAACCUAGUGGUGGCUGACAGUAAGGUACAGAACCUAGUGGUGGCUGACAGUAAGGUACAGAACUUAAUGAUGGCUGACAGUAAGGUACAGAACCUAGUGGUGGAUGUAGGUAUUGUUAAUAAGGACUUCUAA